AUGACGGAUGAGAGUGCGAUGAGCUUCACACGGCGGCGGCUCAAGACGAUGCGGCGCAAGCUCGAUGUAAUUCUGGACGACGUGAUUGAUCGGCAUAAAAGAUUAAGGAAUUCUGAGUUUGGGAGUGAGGAUUUGAUUCAUGUGCUUCUUAGGGUUCAAGAAGAAGAGAAGUUGCAGUUUCCCAUCGGCAACGACAACAUCAAGGCUGAUGUUUUUACUGCUGGAACAGAUACUUCAGCAACUACUAUUGACUGGGCGAUGGUAGAACUGCUGAGACACCCCCAAGUGAUGGCUAAGGCACAAGCUGAAGUAAGACAUGUCUUGAAAAGAAAUAGUACUAACCAAAACAACGUCGUUCAUGAACUGAAAUAUCUGAAACUAGUGAUUAAAGAGACUUUGAGGUUGCACCCUCCUACUCCGUUGCUGCCUAGAGCUUGCAAGGAGGAAAAAGUGAUCAAUGGGUACACCAUACGUACUGGAGAAAAGGUGUUGGUAAAUGUUUGGGCAAUGCAUAGGGACCCGAGGUACUGGAAAGAACCAGAGAAGUUUAACCCCGAGAGAUUCGAGAAUCAAUAUUUGGAUUUUCUAGGUGGUGAUUUUCAAUUUUUGCCGUUUGGAGCUGGAAAAAGAAUGUGCCCCGGCAUAACGUUUGGUUUGGCUACUAUGGAGUUUACUUUAUCCCAAUUGCUCUAUAACUUCGAUUGGAAACUUCCGGAAGGUGUCGAGGCUGAGGAUUUAGACAUGAUUGAAAAUAAUGGGAUGGCAGUAGCAAGGAAACCAAAUUUAUUUGUUGUCGUCACUCCUUAUAAUUAA